AUGCUGGAUAUAUUUAGAAGCAGCGACAUCUUGCAAGUUUUGGACGAACUCAGCGAAGGAAGAAUCUUGUGGUUUUUUGACAACAUCGACGGAAAUGACGUAAUGAGGGCAAUAUUGUCUAUCCGUGACUCUUCCUUUCAUAAGUCAUCUCAUUCCACAAGAAAUUUGGAUUCCUUGAGCGGAGGAUCGUUUGGUUAUUCCAAGCGAUUCGACACAAUUAAUGGCGGGGCCUUCGGUACAAGCAAAAGAAAUUUUGAUGAAAUAGAUAACGUUGGUUUCAAUGGAUUCGCAAAACGCAAUAUGGACGAGAUCGACAAUGCUGGGUUUCGGGGAUAUAUAAAACGUUAUGACGGUGCAAGUGGUCAUCCAAAACGCAAUCUUCACAAAACAGAUCAUGCUGGUUUCAACGGUUUAUUCAAACGCUGA